AUCAAGUUGCUUGGAGAAGAAGUCCACAAAGCAAUAUGUCUGUCACAACAUCGGCCCUUCUGUUCGGGAUGUGCUUGGCUCAGAUAGCCACCGCCCUGUGGCCCGUGUUUCCGACAAAUGGCGAAAAUUCCCGAGACACUACAACAAACCCUCGGGAGCCGGAUUCAAACUUCCAGACGGCGGGAACAACCGAAGUGUGUUCGUGUUUGGAGGAAAUUUCACAUCUCGAAAAACAACUAAGACUUACUCAUGGAAGACUUGAGAGUUUUCAGCACAGAAUGGACGAGCUGUCGGCGGAGUUAUACAACAUGCAGAACGGAAUGAGGGCGUUGAGGAACGGACUUCGACCAGCUCUUGGACAAUCACAGGACAUUUCUUUCUCGGCCCGCGUUGGCACCAACAGACCAUAUCUCAAGGACGUCGACACUGUAAUCUUCGACGACAUCAUCAUCAACAAUGCUGGUGCAUACGACCCCUACACCGGCAAGUUCACAUCACCUGCCAUCGGUGUCUACCAUUUCAGCGCCACCAUCCUCAGUGGCUACAACACCACCAUUGAAACAAUGUUUGUGGUCAACGGGGCAGAAAUGGGACGGUUGUAUUCGGGUUCCUUCAACAACAGAGGUUCAGGAACAAACUCUAUUCUUGUGAACUUGAAACAAGGCGAUGAGGUUUCAAUCAAUUUGUUCUACGGCAACGGGGAUUAUGUUCACGGACAAUGGAGCACAUUCUCUGGAUAUGCCGUGUCACUGUUUGGAUAGGUGGUGUGAGAUUGCGGAAGCUCUUGUUUAAAAAUUGACUGAAAAUGGCGUGAAGUGGAACGUUUCCUUGCCAAACAUUUUCAUUGCUAUCUGUAUCAUCUCGUCACACAAACGCAUCUUUUUGUCAGAUUCGUGUCAUCCAACAAAUGUUGAUUGAUUCAUCAUACACUCUUCCGUCGAUGAAUCAUACACAGUACUUACUUGCAUGUAGAGUCGAUUGGGGUACGACCUGUGAUGAACAGUUACCUCAUCAUAUCAUACUCAUAAUCAUAACCUGUACUAUAGAUUAUUAUAUGCUGAAUACAAAUCAUCAAUAAAAUAUGUAACCUAA